ACGGUAGCGCCAAAACUGCGGGCGGCGCUCUGUGCUGAUUAAAAUCCCGCCUGUCUGACACUGCGCUCCGGUACUGAGUUCCUCUGCAAAGGCACUGCUGGGCAGGUCUUGCUUGAUGUUUCUAUCGUCUACUAUCGUGGAACUCUGAGCUGUUAUCAUCCUCCAGGACUGACGGUUUCUCCCCCUCUCAGGUUCGACAGAGAGGCCAUUUCCCUCAACCCCACCCCCCUUCCCCCUCUGCGUUCCUGUGUUAAUCCAACUGUCCACUUCCGGCUGGCCACGCCCGGAGAGACCAACACAAAGAGAGGAACCGAGCGAGAGAGAGAAGAGGAUCGCUCUGAUUGACUCGACACACCGGAAGUCAGUCACCACCUCACCAGAGAGGAGAGAAGCCUGACUCUUCUCCCCUUCGGCCCUCACUGCUAGUUCCAGAAUGGCGGACGGUCAGCGGUCCGAGGACAGCGCCCCCCAGUGGAACCCUUCAGGAAGGCAAGAUCCGUCGGCCCCACACGGCGCCAACGGCUUCUCCUCUUCCUCCUCCACCACCACCACAACUUCCUCCUCCUCCUCCUCCUCCGCCUCAGCCUACAGGGCCUGCCAGCCAGGGGCCACCGGGCCCUUCUCUUCAGCCAGGGAGAAUGGCUUCAACGGGGUCAUGAGCGGGGCCCAUCCAGUGACCGCCGAGCAAGUGUCCGCACGGAUCGUACAGGAAGUGACUGCGGAGGCGGUGGCGGUUCUGAAAGGAGAGCAGGAGAGCCUAGCGGACACAGCCAAGAGGCUUCCUUCAGUUGAAGACACCACCAACUUGCCCCCCUCUCCACCUCCUUCCCCUGCUGCGCAACACUUCGGCCCGCUGGAACGAGAUGUAGGGGAUGAGGAGGAGGCGGGGCCUCUCAGGCGCUUCCAAAACUCCCGUGAGAGGUGCAAGUUCCUCGCCCCCUCCAUCUCUGUGUCCGUGCCCGAGGACGAGCCCUACCACUCCGACGAGGAGUACUAUGAGCACCCCUUGUUCAGCCCAGAGUGGACACGCUCCGGCGUGCGCCCCGUGCAGGCCGUGCCCUUUAGACAGAUCGAAGAAGAAGAAACCAUGGAGGCUCUUACAGCCGACUACGAGGAGGAAGUGGAGGAGGAAGAGGAGGAGGAGGAGAGUACAGAAGCAGCAGAAUCUGAGGCAGCUAUUGAGGAGCAGCAGUGGAGCGGGGAUGAGCCUGAACUGGACAGCCCCCCAGCUGAAGCCUUAGGGCAGGCAGAGGCUGUAGGAGAGGUCCAGGCUCCGGCCCAGGAUCAGGUCCCAGCAGUUAUUGCUGUCUCAGACAGCUCUGUGGACAGAGAGAUGGAGGAGGUGGAGCAGGAGGAGCAGGAUGAGAAGGAGGAAGAGCAGGAAGCAGAGGGUGAGGAGAGCCCUAAGAAAGCGUUGAAGAUGGAAUCGGAAAAGCAAGACAGUGAGCAGAGCGAGUCCAUGAGCCCAUGCAGCAUCGGCUCUGACAAGCGUGCCGAAGACAGCGCCGAGCCCCAGAUGCAGGAGUUCUUUGCUGGGGAAAGGAUGGUUCCGGAGAGUCCCACCAUGGACAUGCCCUGCUUUGUUCCUGCAAGUACGCCAAAUCAAGCCAAAGAACCGACACGAUCAAUGACCCUGCAGCCUACGUAUGGAGAACCCAUAACCGUAUCUGAGAAGCAGCCUUCGGUGGAGUUGGUUGAAUUCACCACCAUCAUCGAACCUUCUGAAUUCUCUCCUUUGGAGGUCAAAGCCCAUGGAGGAGAUGCCGCGAUGGAGACGCGUGACAAAUCUGGGAUGUCAACGUAUUUUGAAACCUCUACUGUGGAUGUUGACGAAGCUCCACGUAAUAGAGCAGAAGGUUACUAUGAACUGAGCACAGUUGGAGAGGAGAACACUGAAACCGAUUCUUUGACCCAAGAAAUCAGCUACAGCACCCUUGCUCAGAUCCAGGAAUUGCCAGGAACCAAUAAAGGCUCAACAGAAGACACCAGGAGUUUCUUGGCUCCUGACAGGAAUAAUGAUUGCAAGUUGUCCCCUGGCAAAUUAGCUUUAGAUCAGAGGAGUUACUCCCUUAAUAUUACUAUUGGCGCAAUGGAUUCCAGUGGGCAAGGCAAACCUAGAAACCUCUCUCCUCUAGCUACGGAUAUAAUGUCCUAUACCAGUGGAAGUCUAGAUGAUACAGCAGACUACCUCCCAGUGACUACCCCCUCUGUAGAGAAACCGUCACCCUUUCCUCCCUUGAUCCUGGAGACUGCCGCCUCAGUCACUUCAGAUUGUUCCUCUCCUCCACAGAGUUCUGGGCAAGCUACAAUAUCCAGCCCUCAGCCAGAGUCUCCUGGAUCCCCUGAGGACUCCAAGUAUUCCUAUAAAAAUGGUACAGUUAUGGCACCAGACCUGCCUGAAAUGCUAGACCUUGGGACACGCUCUAGGCUGGCGUCGGAUAAUACUGACCCAGAAAUCAUGCCAAAAAAAUCGGAGGCCCCCGCUGAAGUGUUCACUGGUGACCCGAUGGCUAGUUUUGUCGCAGGACAAUUAAGCCACUCAGUCAGCAAAUCCGACAGCCAGAUAGAAGAGAUGGGCUAUUGUGUGUUUAGUGAAUAUUCCGGGCCCAUGCCAUCCCCUGCUGAUGUCCUAAGCCCUAUAGGUUCAUCCGCUCAAGUCUUUACCCCCUCGGUCCUUGAGGCAAAAAUGGCUGAGCAGGCUAGAAAACAAGCAGUUAGAGACACAUCAAUGGACGACAAGAACCAGUCCAUAGAGGUUGUGGAUGGUGACAUAAAACUAGACCAAAAUCAGACCGGCAAAAAGGAUGCAGAUGAAGAAAAGGUUGAGGCAGAUAAAGUGAAUCUGGAUAUUUCUGAAACUAAACCUGAGACCAUAAAACCAAGCCCACCCACCGAGGCAUUCGUAACACCAACUGUGACGGUCACUCUGGAAGAAGGCGGGAGAUGUGGGAGCGAGGCCGAACAGCAGCACAGCGGCGACGGUUCCGUGUCGGACACCGAGAUUGCUGACUAUGAGAGGCAGAUACGGAAGUUGGAGAUGGAGGACCGUCCUCUCAGCAUGGAGGAAGAGCGAGAGCUCCAGGAACUGAGAGAAAAGGUCAAGCUGGUUCACCAGGAGGCCUACGAAGAGGUGGACGCUGAAGAGAUGUACCAGUUGACCGGAGUGGCCAAAGACCACAUCGCCAAGCCUGCCAAAACCUCCCCAGCCUCGUCUGUUGACAGCGUUAUUGAUGAUGACAAGUUGCUCUCUCCGGUGCUCUCCCCAGCCAAGCGACAAGUAGAAGCCUAUGGUUCUCCCAAAAGAGUGAUCUCACCAGUGUUGGGUACAAGCAAGGACGAGGCAGAUAGAAAUCUAAGGGAACAGAAGGAAGCAGAAAAGAAAGCGAAGGAUGAGGUUGAGAGGAAAAUGAAUGAAGAGAAACAGAAGAAAGAAGAAGAGCAGAGAGAGAGGGUGGUAAUGGAAGAGAAAUCUAAACUUGAGGCAGAGAGGAAGUUGAAGGAGGAGCAAGAAAUAAAAGAGAGGGAGAUUAGAAAGAAAGAAGAGGAUGAAAAGAUUGAGAAAGAAAUGAAAGCCCAAAGGGAGAAAGGGGACAGAGAACAGGAAGAGAAAGAGAAGAUAGCAAAGGAGUUUGAGAAGGAAAAGCAAGAGAGAGAGCAAAGAGAGAAAAUAGAAAAGGAAGAGAAUGAUAAGAAGGAAAAGGAAGAGAGAGAAAAGAAGGAGCGGGAAGAGAAAGAAAAGGAGAAGGCAGAGAAAGAAAAGAAGGAGAAGGAAGAGAUAGAAAAGGAGAAGGCAGAGAAAGUAAAGAAGGAGAAGGAAGAGAUAGAAAGGAAGGAAAAGGAAGAGAUAGAAAAGAAAGAGAAGGAAGAGAAAGAAAAGAAGGAGAAGGAAGAGAUAGAAAAGGAGAAGGCAGAGAAAUUAAAGAAGGAGAAGGAAGAGGGAGAAAGGAAGGAGAAGGAAGAGAUAGAAAAGAAGGAAGUUGAGGAGAGAGCAAAGAGGGAAAAGGAAGAGAAAGAAAAUAACCAGAACAUUCCUGAGCCUAAACCUGCGACAAGUGUUGGGGCGGCUUUGGGGGCCACCGAAACUGUUGUUGGAGUGAAGCUAGGUGAAAAAGAUGCAAAUCUCACUGCGAAGGAUUCUUUGGAAGCGCAGGAGGAUGAGGAUGAUAUCGAGGUGUUGGACGGGACCGGGGAAAAAGCUGGGACUUCCACGCAGGCUUGCAAGGAGAUCCCAGAGCCCCGUGCGGCAAUCGAGUCGGUGGUAACCGUGGAGGAUGACUUCAUCACUGUCGUCCAGACCAUCGAUGAAGAAGGAGAGGAGCCGGGACACAGCGUUCGCUUCUCCGCUCCUCCGGAGACUGCGGUCCACCAUGUCCCUGGUGCCGAAGAGGAAGAGGAGUGUGUGGAGGAGGCUGAAGAGGCUGAGAUGGAGGCUGGCAGUCUAGAGGAGAUAUUGGAUGUCCCUGAGGCCCAAGAGAUACCCUCCUCUCCAGAUAAGGAGGCCAAGACCACGGAGACAGAGGGACGGACAGAGAGCUACGACAGAGAUGAAACCACCAUCGACGACUCCAUCCUGGACAGCUCCUGGAUCGACACCCAAGACGAUGAUAGGAGCAUGGCCACAGAGAUGGAACAGCUGCCAUUGGCGCAUGAUGCUGCAAAGACGUCUGACCUGAAGCAGGAGAAGCAGCAAACCAAGCAAGAGAAGGCAGUGAAGACAAUGGCUAAAGAGAGCAGGGCCAAGGGCCGCGUGUCCACACCAGAACGCAAGCCUGUGCGUAAGGAACCAGUCUGCAUCCCCAGGGAGGAGGCUAAAAAGAAAAAAGCGGUGAUCAAGAAGACAGAGCUGACCAAGAAGGCAGAGACCCGGUCCCCUGCCAGGAGGAGCACCAUGAAGCCCUCCGCGCGCCAGACGCGGCCCAUCCAGCACCACUCCUGUCCCAGGAGGAGGGUUACAGCCACUUCCACAGACGGCCGCCACCCCUUCAGCGUUGCAAGGCAGUCCCUGGACCGAGUGCCACAUCAGUGCCAUACUAAACGCUUGCAACCUACAAAGAUCCCUGCACUGAAAUCACGGGUGGUUAAAAGCCUUCCCCACCUGCCAGCUCGGCCAAGCUCCGCCUCCUCCUGCAAAUCACAGUUGGCACAGAACUUAGAUAGGCUCCGCCCAUCGUCAGCUGAGCCUCUGUUCCCUUUGUCGCAUAGAGCCUUAGGCAAGAAGGACGGAAGGUCAUGCAGCCCAGAGCAGCGCGCCUCCGUGCCACGGCCAGCCUCCAUCUUGACCCGCCACGGUCGCCACGGCGGCCACGACCAAGAGGAGAGCUCCACCUCCAUCACCAGCUCGGGAUCCACUGCUCCACGCAGACCCACCUCGUUCCGCACCGAGAUGAAGGCCGAACACAGGCUUGGACGCGCCUCUAGCAUGUCGGGCCUAGCGCUGGUGCGUUCCCGCUCAGCCCGCAGCGGCCACUCCACCCCCCGCACCGGGGGCUCCACGGCCGUCACCCCCGGCACCCCACCCAGCUACUCCAGCUCGUCACACAACCCGGCCACGCCCCGCUCCCUCAGCCUCAUCUCCCAGGAGCGCCGGGCGGUGACGGUGGCUGUGGUGCGCACGCCGCCCAAGUCCCCCGCCACCACCCCCAAGCAGCUGCGCAUCCUCAACCAGCCGCUGCCCGACUUCAAGAACGUCAAGUCCAAGAUCGGCUCUACAGAGAACAUCAAGUACCAACCCAAAGGAGGGCAGAAGUGCAGGGGCCCCAAUCUGCCAACCAUGGCCAAACGUGGCGCCUCGUGGAUCUGGAAGUCCGUGCUGCGUGUGGUCACGGUCACCCUGUAUCUAUCAGCCGCACACAGUGUGACCUGGACCAAAGACCCGCUGAUGCAGAUUUUAAACAAGAAGCUGGACUUCAGCCGCGUACAGUCAAAGUGCGGCUCCAGGGAUAACCUGAAGUACACUCCCCGCGGAGGCAAUGUACAGAUCCAGAAUAAGAAGAUAGACUUGAGUCAUGUGACCUCAAAAUGUGGAUCCCUGGACAACAUCCACCAUAGACCAGGGGGCGGCAACAUCCGCAUCGAGAGCGUCAGGCUGGACUUCAAAGACAAGGCCCAGGCCAAGGUUGGCUCCCUGGACAAUGCAGGGCAGCCCAUCGGCCGUGGCCCCUUCCUGAUCGAGAGCCACAAGGUGAUGUUCCAGGCCAAGCCGCGGGACCCCGGCGCGGACAUCGUGGUCACGUCGCAGUCGGAGGGCGAGGGUGUCGAGGGGGGGUCCCCGGGGGGCCGGCUGCUGUCCUCCUCCGGCAGCCUCGACAUGCUGGAGUCCCCGCAGCUGGCAACGCUGGCCGAGGACGUCACGGCCGCCCUGGCCAAGCAGGGCUUGUGAGCCACCGUAGGUGCACCACCCUUAUCCCCCGCCGCCCGAGCCCAUCCAUGCCCCAAUCCCCCCGCCCCCCCGGGCCACGACCUCCACCACCGCUCUUCUUCCGGAAGUCCACUGACUAAAACAGGUAUACGCCUCGCGUCGACGAACAAACCCUCCUCCCCGCCAAGAUCUGCCAAACCACGCAGCCCACCGUCACUUCUCACGGCCAGCCAGGAAUACCCUCCAUCACCCCCCCCCCCCCCCCCCCCCAACACAAACUACAACGCUCUAUGAUUACCCACAGCUCUUAUUUAUUAACCACCUGCCACUGCGUCUCCCCUUCCUCCCCAUACAAACAAAUACACACACACACACACACACACACAUACAUACGCACACACCUGUUAAAAAAGUGAAUGAAUCAUCACAACUACGAGACGACAGGAAGGAUCCGCCAUCAUUUGGUUCCUCUGUUUUCCUAUCCAGUCCACCCCAGUGCGCGUUGGCCCUUCCAUUUUGGUAUCUUUUCACUACGAUUGUCAAUAGAAUAGUCCUGGUCUCCGAGCACUGGUCCCGCGACCUGCUCACCGUGGUUCGCAUGGAACAGUUUCCAGGUGGGAGCUCCGCAGGUCCGGGAUCAGUGCUGGGAACAUGCUGCGGUGCUUUUUCUUCGCUAUACACUAAUUAGAUACGUCAUGUGACCACCGAUCCCUAGCAGCACGUAUUAUUUAAAAUGUGCAUGGAUGCCAGACAACCCCCCCCCCGUCGCAAAAGAAUCAAGUAUUCUUACCAUCAUUCGUAGAUAUUAUAUUUAACUAAUAUAUAUAUAUAUAAAUACAUGUAUAAAACACAACUUAUUUGACACCUCCAUCAUUUUGAAUUUGAUUAGAAAAUGAAACGAUUGGAUAAUUGUCUGGUAACUGUGAGAUUGCAUUCAAAGUUCAAAAUUGCUAAAAAACAAGUCCAUGAUAUGCAAGCAUGUAUCAGCUCUUGUAGAAAAGAAGCUAUUUUGUACUUCAAAGUAUUACGAUCAUUUGUUUAUUUCCUGAAAUAAUUGGAUGAAAAAAGUAUAUUUUGUAGUUUUUAGCCGUUUACAGUGUGCAAGCAGGCCUCCUAGAAAUGUGCUGUGCUUGUGUUUUUCCACUCGAGAACCAACCGUAAGAAAAAUAAUCCAUCACCCCACACAUAACACAAGAAAACAAACAACCAAUAACGGCUAAAGAAUAUAUGUGUCUUUCAAACUGUGAUGCCUUGCAGAGUGACUCCGAUUGCUGUAGAUGAUUGUUUCCUUGGCGCGAGAGGAUGGUGUAUGUAUCGGGGCAUGAUAGUGUAGUGGCUACUGGGUUCAAACAGGUAUUGGGUUGGAUCCUCACUGUUCGCGGUAUACUUGUAGUAGGCAUCCUGGUGCCAGAUGCCCAAUUCCCUACCUGCUCCUUAAGUACAUGUAUCUGAAUUCCCUGUAGGUCGCUUUGGAUAAAAGUGUAAAUAGAUUGGAUAGUGAGGACCCCCCUACAGCACCACUAUCCCAGGCAGGCUGUCACCGGGCCCGUAAGAAGGGGUCUUUCGACUACACAGAACACAAAUUGGACCUGAGAUUCAAUGGGGAAAGUCUCUGGAAACUGUGCGCGUGUUUUGAGUUUUUUGGAGAUUUCAAGCUGUUUCUGUUUUGUUUUUGAUAUAAGGAUGCAACUGUGUCAGACCGUUUUGUGGCAAUGCGUAGGGUAAGAGAGGAAACGAUGGAAGAAAACCACCAGAAAACGCAUUAAAAAAAUGACAUUUUCAUAAAAGAAAAGAAAAAUGACAAAAAAGGGAAUACUCCUCUAUCAUAUGUUAGGACGUGUUAAUCUAGUUUUCUUUUUCCGCUAACACUUUUGUGGUACAUCCUGCCUCCUUCCCCAGCUCUUAGAACCCUCACCUGCUAGUGUUUGUUUGCUUCUGUGUUUUUUCUGCAUUCCCUUUAUUCCUGUACUGCCAACCCACCCUACAGCAACUGUAAAUGUAUUUUAAAGGUCAAGUUGAUGUAUGCAGUUUUUCUCCUGUUGAUAUGACUCUAGGUAAAGCAAUUAAUAACAAUAAAAUAAGGACAAAAACUGA